AUGUAUGUCGAUGCAUGUCGUUGCCUAGAAGUUCUCUCCGUCGCCAACAAUUUAGAGAUAGGAAACAGGGCAAAAUUAUGCUUUACUCUUUUCUUGGCAGUUACAGUGUUUUGUCAUUUGAAGAGUUAUGGUGCUGCAGUCGAGGCUGGAGAUACUCUUUCGUUGGGUGCUUCGCUUGCUGGAAACCAGACAAUAAUUUCCCAGAAUGGCACAUUUGAGUUGGGAUUCUUCAGCUCAAAUGGAAGCAACUGGUAUAUUGGCAUCUGGUAUGCCAAAAUACCAGAGAAGACGAUUGUUUGGGUGGCAAACAGGGAGACUCCAGCCAGAAACAGGUCUGGUGUUUUGAAGCUGUCAAGAGAAGGUAAUCUGGUACUGUUCGAUGCAGAGGGCGCUUCUAUUUGGUCUGUCAACAUGUCGAAGAAGGCCUCCCGGGCUGUGAUAUUGGAUUCUGGUAAUUUUUUAAUGCAGAGCGGUAAUAAUAAAUCUGAAACUGUUUGGCAGAGUUUCGACAAUCCUGUAAAUGCAGUAUUGCCAGGGAUGAGGUUUGGUGGACAGCAAAAGCUAGUUUCUUGGAAAAACUCACUGGAUCCCACUCCUGGGCUUUUCUCCUUGCAUGUGGAUCCAUCUGGGGCCAAACAAUUCGUGCUGACAUGGAACAAUUCUGUACAGUAUUGGGAGACUGGAACUUGGGACGACAAAAUUUUCAGUGGAUGUCCAGGCCUGAACAAGAGCUUUCAUAUGAUUGUUGAAAGUAGUAGCUCUGGUUUGUAUUUCAGUUAUACAUUGAAGCCUGAAUACACUGUGCUCUCACGUUACGUCCUAACAAAGUUCGGAGGAAUGCAAAUCAAUGCUUUUGUUGAUGGCAGUAAAUGGAACACGUACUGGUCUCAGCCCGGAGACGCAUGCGCCGUAUAUGAUCUUUGUGGUGCUUAUGGAACCUGCAACUCCAACUCAGACAAUGGCGCGUGGGAUUCACAAGACUGGGGGUCCAGUGGCUGUGUUCGACAGAGCCCUCAGCCGUCAGGGCCCUGCCAAAGCUGGUCCGGAGAUUCGCUGAACAUGCGCAACUCUCCUCCGUCGGAAAGCAGUUCAAAUGUCUCCAUCCGAGUAGGAGCCUCCGAACCUCCAACGAAACGCAAAACCUCUAGCAUUGUGGGCACAGUGCUUCGUAUUGUUGGUGCUCUCACUGUUGCUUUGGGUAUCUUUUCAGUUUUCAUCUGGCGAAGGCAUCAGCUACGACCGAAGGACAGGAAUUUCAAGUCUGAGUUGGGGAGACGAGGAUUUGGCUCGGUGAUCAAAGGAUCUCUACCAGAUGGUACAGUGGUUGCCGUAAAGAAAAUGAAGUGUUCACGACAAGAUGAAAAGCAAUUCCGAGCAGAAAUCAGUUCUCUUGGCAACAUACAACAUGCCAAUUUGGUCAGGCUACGAGGGUUUUGUGCAGAAGGAUCAGGACGGUUACUGGUUUAUGAUUACGUGCCCAAGGGUUCUCUGAAUUCUAUACUGUUCACCGGUAGUUCCAAAAGUAAACGGGAGGUAGUCGACUGGAAGACCCGAUUUGAGAUCGCACUAGGCACUGCAAGAGGGUUACUUUAUCUCCAUGAAGAAUGCCGAGAUCACAUCAUUCACUGCGAUGUUAAGCCGGAAAACAUUCUGCUGGAUGGUGAUUUGUCACCUAAAUUGGUCGAUUUUGGGCUGGCAAAGCUUGUGGGUAGAGAUUUUAGUCAUGUGCCGACCACUACAAGGGGAACGAGAGGAUACUUGGCUUCAGAGUGGAUCUCCGGUCUUCCCAUCACUCCCAAGGUUGACGUCUACAGUUUUGGUAUGACACUCUUGGAAAUCAUUUCGGGGCGAAGAAAUCUGGACUUAAAAGUGCAAGAUUCAAGUUUGUUUUACUUUCCCCCAUGGCCUGCAACUCAAAUUCAGCAGGGGAACACAAUGAACAUGUGGAGGAGGGUGUUGCAGAGGAGGCAAACAUGGAAGAGGUGA